AUGGCAACCAAACAACCCUCUCUAGAGCCACGGAUCACGCCCAUCAAGCAUAACGAUUUCGAUGAGUGGGAGCGGCUCUUCAAACUAUACAUCGACUUCUACAAGUCCUCACUUCCAGAGAUACAGUAUCGCAAGACAUUCGAUCGAAUUCUUGAUCAUCAAAAAGAUUUGUACUGUCUUGUACUGCGAGAUACGAGUGAUCCUAAGAAGUUGUACGGACUCGCGCACUACUUUCCUAUGCAGACGCCGUGGGCCGAGGAGCAACUCAUGCACUUGAACGGCCUCUACAUCGACCAUGAACUCCGAGGCAAGGGUUAUGGGAGGAAGAUUAUUCAGGCGGUGGCAAAAGAAGCCCAGACUCAGGGAUGCACGCGUCUGCAGUGGACUACACAACAUGGAAACCCAGCGAGGAAGCUAUACGAUGAGCUGGCAACCUGUGAAUUUGUGCAAUAUCGCAUGAACUUGAAAGAUUUGUAA